AUUUAUAUGUGCGUGCGCGGAUGGGUGGAUGCUAGAGCAAGAAGUGGCAGCUUCUACAGGAUGUAUAUAGUGUCUCGCGGAAAAGACAGUCGCGGCGAGUCUAAAGUCGGGUUGUGUUAAGGUGAUAUUUCAACGCGAUGUAAACUCUGGGUUGCAGAAAAAGGCUUUGCUUUGAAUUAGAUUUACAUAGUUACUUUUUCACUAUUUUUUUUUCUUUCUUUCUUUCUUGUUUUUCGUUUUUUUUUUUCUUUUCUUUUCUUUUACGAUCUUGAAUUCAAAAGACGGAGGGAGUAUGCGAAACGAGAAUGCUUGACGAACACCCAAGGAGACGAUAAAAGAAAACGCCUCAGACAUCGGACAGAAAAAGAAACAGAAGAAAAAAAAGAAGGAAAAAAAACUUCACACGCAUAAUUCUUCUCGAAAAGCCAUUGAGAUAUCUAGACCGCUACAUCAUUUAACUUUGGGUUACAGUGCUUUUUUCUCUCCCUCUUUUCUCUCUCUCUCUCUCUCUCUCUCUCUCUCUCUCUCUCUCUCUCUCAAUCUCUCCUUCUUUUUCUUUUUUUUAUCUUGACCGGGGUAAUCCUUUGCGCCCCAUUCCCUUCGCCCGUAACGCCGAGGGUUAAUGUUCACAGGAUGCAAAAACACACCAUGAUCAUCCCAACCUUGGAUUCACCUGCCAGACGUACGAGCGCACACGGUGGAGCGAGUCCAGACGCUCAUUUCAUUUGUCUUUUUUUCCGUUUAGGUCAGAAAUUGAUAUGAUGCUAAUCGCUAGAUGGGUUCAAAGUCUUUCUAAAACGAAUGGUUGUGUUUUUUUGAGUUUUUCACAAAAAGGCGGCGAGCUCAUGUGAGUACGACAACUUCAGAAUAUGACUUUGACAUCAGGAAAGAUAACCUUGCCUCCUCAGUUUGUUUAUAGUCGAGGAGAGGCUGAAAGGUAUCGCUCUGCUUCCAGCCCUUCUUCUAUGAAAAGUUGUGAUUUAUGCCGUGUGAAUUAAGAAAUCGAUGUAUUGAGUCUCUUUGAAUCAGUUUCAUGUGUGUCCGGUGAUUUUUGCACUGAGAGCUUGUCGAUAGCGAUUGUGCCGCAGAUACCAGUGGAAUUGCAUUGCAACUAUUAAUCCUGGUGAUUGAAACUAGUGCUGUAUGCCCCAAGAAUAUAACAUUAUCAAUAUCUUUGGAAUCAACAACUGACAACCUCCGCAGAUCUGAGUAACGGGCGAAGACGCAGGGCUGUAGAAUCCCACGGCCACGAGAUGUUCACCAAGGCCUUGAGAGUUCAUAAGGAUUUUAUGUGACAAAGAGCUCCACAUGCUUCCAGGGGCGUCGUAGGAGGCAUGAUUGUGACGCCCACCUACAGCCGCGAGAUGGGUGAGGGCGGCCGUCUGCUGCCCGCCGCCCGCGUACCGACCCUGGGCCUGCCUGACCCGAACCCCGCGCCCACGUACAAGUCGGACGUGGGCGUGUACAAGGCGGGCAUGGGCGUCGCCGGGGCCUACGACCACAACAAGAACAGUCUGAGCGAGAAGGAGGGCAGCUCCGGCGGGGCGCUCGGGCCGCACGCGCACGCGCACCACCUGCAGCCCUUCACGGCGCCCUGGCUGGCCGAGGUCGCCCACAUCACGCCCGCGCGCCCCAGCGACCACCUGCCCUACCCGCAGGCCCCCGCCCCCUCCCUGCCCGACUACUACCCUCACUACCCUAGCCUGGCGCACCGCCCCGCGGGCUACUACCCGCACCCGUUCCUGCCCCCGGGCGCCGCCGGCCACUUCCUGCGCGACUACCCCCGCCACGCGCCCCGCCCCUACCCGCCGCUGGACCCGCGGCCGCCCCUCGAGAGGCCCACGGCCGUGUCGGCGGCCCCGCCCCUCAUGCGGCCCCUGGCGCCGCCGCCCCUGCGCGGACUUCACCCCGACCCCAGGGACCCUCGGGACCCCAGGGACCUUAGGGACGUGCCGCCGCCGCCGCCGCCAGGGAAGAUGCGGCCGCGGCCGCCGGACCUGACGUUGCCCGUGAGCCCCGGCGUGCCCCCGGGGGAGCCCUCCCCGCGGGGGCCGCACGGGGAGCCGAGCCCCAAGCGCCGCGCGGGCGCCUCCGCUUUCCCGAUGCCGGCGCCGAGGUCCCCGCGCGCCGGCCACAGGGGGCACUCGGCCCUGGCGGCAUCGGGCCCCCCGGUGCCGGGGACGGGGCCCCCUCCCUCAGCGCUGCCGCCCGCGCCGGGCCCUCCGCUGCCCCGCCCUCCCGCGUCAGGGCCCGUCGCCUCGGCCUCGGCGCCCGCGCCCACCGCCGCCCCUGCCGUGACGCCGCCCGAAGAGCCGCGCCCCGCCUCGCCGUACCACGCCCACUUUGCCCGCGGCGCCCUCGUCACGGUGGGCACGACGGUGCGGCGCGUCGAAGAGCUCGAGACCAAGGACUUCCUGGAGGCGGCGCGCGCGGCGGACGACCUCAAGCUGGACCCGUCGACGGUGGCCGCCAUCUGCAGCAGCCCCGGCCGGCCAGGCACCUCCACCAUCACCUUCACCUUCCCCUCCAGGAACACGCAGGUCUCCGUCGAGGCUUCCCUGGACCACCCGUUCUUCGUGUUCCACUGCGGCUGGUCCUCGUGCUGCCCCGAACGCACGCAGAAGAAGUACGAGCUGAAGGUGCGGCAGCUGCAGGUCGGCGACGUGUGCGUGUCCCUCACCAAGAAGGAGCCUCCUGCAGCCGCCUCCGACUCGGCCGCCUCCCUGCCACCUCCGCCUCCGACGUCCUCCGCCGCCUCUGCUUGCUCGCCCGCCGUCUCCAUCGCCGGCUCCCCUUCCUCCUCCGCCGCGAACCAAGUGCCAUCGACGUGUGCCGACUCAGCAGCCAACCCAGCACCUACCUCCCCCUCCACAUCCACCUCAGUCUCCACUUCCACCGCCGCCACGACGCCCACCCCGACCUCCGCCUCCCCCCCGCGCGUGUCCCCCUCCGACGCCUCCGGCAGCAGCAGCGGCGGCGGCAGUGCCAGCAGCAGCAGCAGCGGCCAGGGCCUUCCGCGAGCGAAGAAGGGGAGCGCCUCACUGCCGUUCCUCGGGGGGGCUUCGGGCUCGAGCGUGUGGACCAAGCCGGCGGCGCUGAGGACCACGGAGCGCCAACAUUCCAGCGACGAGGCGCAGAAGGAGGAGAAGGACUCGGUUCGCAAGCGCCGCUGGUCCGACCCGGGCCAAGGGACGUGACACCCACACCAGCGCCGGGUAGCGUGCGAAGGGGCCUCUCCGCCGAUCCCUUUGUAACGCGUUCUGAUUAGUCCCGUUUCGGUUCAAGCGAGUGAACAAA